AUUCCUCCUGUCUAAAGACAACUAUUUAUAUUUCACAGUCCAAACGUGGCAGCUGAAGACCUUAUUAUAAUUCUUAAAAUGAGGAUGCCUGUCAGAAUUGUCUGUAUCUCGUUUCUACUUGCGCACAUCACCUACGCCGCUACAAACGGUCUAUUGUGUUUCAACUGCGAUGACGUCGCUAGUCCACGUGACUGUACGCGCGUGGAGUAUUGCCAACACGAUCAGGCAUGCUCCGUAGAACUUCUUCAAACAUCCACAAACCGAACAUUCUACAAAAUGGGCUGCUACAACACACAAGAAUGCACCAAGCAGCAGCAUACGAAUGGACGAAGAUCCUCGAGGACGCAAAACAUCCAUGGACAAUCACGUGCCGCUGGUGACAAAGGGUUGUGCCUGGAAUGCUCUUCUGACCUCGAAUCACAAUUAACCUUGUGCGGAGCAGCUACCUCAACGGAACUCCAUUGCUUCAAUUGCAAUGACUUAGUAAACCCGUCCCAGUGCGAUACGGUCAGGGAAUGUUCAACGGAUGAGGACUGCUUUAUCGGAAUACAGCCAGUGGCGUCAGGGACCGGGGAGUACAGAUAUCAGCUGGGGUGUAAAUCCAAACCUAUUUGCAGCGUAUUAAACUCGGUAUCCAGUAACGUUCUCCCAAGCCGAUGUUGCAACAGCAGUCUCUGUAACCUAGCUAUAGAUAGCACAUCUUCUACAAUAAUGCCUUCUACACCUUCAACAUCAACACAAACACCAAGCCAGCAAAUGACCUACACAACAGCACUACCAACAACAAUGACAAUGACAACGACAACAAAAACAACGACAACAUCAACUGCAACAGCACCAACCACAACACCAACUACAACAACAUCAACAACAACAACAACAAAAGCGACGUCAACGUCAAUCCUUCCAACACAGUCGACGUUCACCGUCUAUAUUGAGGGGCCUUACAACAGUAACUACAAACACCCAGUAACUUUGACGUGUGUGACCAACAAGCCCGCUCAAAAAAUAAUCUGGAGUCUCAAUGGGGAGUCCGGCCUGCCCCCUGGCGUACAUGUAAUGGACUACACUCUCUCCAUAGACAGCCUAGAUCUACAUACGGCUGGGAACUAUUCCUGUCUUGUAGUGUGGAAUGGGCAACUGAAGAUCGCAACGAAGCAAGUCAUCAUUCCGCCAAAGGAGGGCCGAGUGGUGAAGUUCAGCCAUCACCUGGACACCGGUUCCGGUAUUGUGACGUUUGUUUGCCAGUACGAGGGAUAUCCGCCACCUUCGGUGACAUGGGCGUACUCCGGGCCGGCAGGUACUGACUUGCCUAGAGACCUAAACAUAAGCAAAGACCACGUGACUGGGGUUAUCGCCCACUAUAACCACAUCCACCAUGACGGGACGUAUUUGUGUAUUGUGUCCAACGUCCUGAACUUCCUGACACCAAGCGUUGGAACCACAGACUUGCCUUAAUGGAUUUACUCGAUUCCAGUUUCAUUUUGUAUUAAAAACAGAAGUAUG